GCUGGCGUUGGGACCGGCUGAGGCUGCAUUGCGGCUGGCUGAGGACAUCUCACCUCGUUGACUGGCAGGAAACAGUGGUCGUCUCUCUUUUCCCAAAGUUUUCAAAAGUGGCACCUCACUGCAGAGCCAUUAAACCACUAGAAAGAAUGGCAGGAAGUUGCGGGCAGGAGCAGACGAGGUGGAUAACGACUGUCAUUAUGAGCACAGCUCUGCAGGAUCAUGAAAUUUCUACAGUUCUGCAGAGGCAACAACACCGAGUUCGAUAUUCAGAGUCAGUGGAAACUGGAUCUGUGAUUUUUCCUCUUUCUGGCAUUGCAUUUAUACUGUCGGACACUCAAGACUUGCUUAAGACAGGGGAAGAAGAGUUUUCCAAAAGAAUUCACAAGUUCAUAAACAUUCAUCGGAACAGCUUUUUGGUUUUAUCAGCUGCUCUUUAUGGACCAGAAGAAUGGAGUGUCAUGUUCAGGAUUCAGAGAAGAUUCCUGGGCAGCAAUUUACGUGUAAUACCAGUUCAUAAUCCUGCUGAAAUUGUUAAAUUAAUGCUAACUAUGGCUAAGAUAACUUCCAAGUCCCAAGCAGAUGAUACUCGUUGCAAAAUGGAAAUGACAAAAGCCCAAAUAAUGGAAAAAAGUCCAGUUUGGAAGAUGCUUCAAGAGUACCAAUCGCACUGUAAUUAAUUUAAUAUUUGGGAUUUUAUUCAU